AAAAAGAAUGAAAGAAACAGUUAUCAGCUGGACAGUUAGAAAGAAGUAAGAUGGUGAUGGCGUUGAGCUCUCUGCGGCAGAUGAACUCCUCUCCAGCCCACAGUGCCACCCCUUCCUUAAAUUCUACACGGAAUAAGAGUCUCCUUUCAAGAAGAAGGACAAUAGUAUUUUGUCCAAGCGUUUUAUUGGCUUCCUUGAGCAGUUUUAGCAAUCCCAGUUCCUCCCCGCUUUCAUUUCACCUUGCACUUGCCCAGCAGCAGCAACUAGAUGAACUACAGCAAGAAGAAGACCGACUCAUGCGUCUCUUCCAGGAGACAUCACCCUCUGUUGUUUUCAUUAAAGACCUUGAAAUAGUUAGAAGUCCCAAGAACUCUUCCGGUGACAUUAAUCUCAUUGAGGAUGAAAAUGCAAAAGUUGAAGGGACAGGUUCUGGCUUCAUCUGGGAUAAGUUUGGUCACAUUGUCACAAACUACCACGUUGUAGCUAAAUUGGCUACAGAUGCGAACGGAUUACACCGUUGCAAGGUUUAUCUAGUAGAUGCUAGAGGCAAUGGCUUUUACAGGGAGGCCAAGAUUGUUGGUGUUGAUCCAGCUUAUGAUCUGGCUGUCCUUAAGGUUGAUGUUGAAGGGUAUGAUUUAAAGCCUGUUGUUCUUGGCAUGUCUCAAAAUUUACAUGUGGGUCAAAGCUGCUUUGCCAUUGGAAAUCCUUAUGGAUAUGAGAACACUCUGACAACUGGGGUUGUCAGUGGAUUAGGAAGGGAGAUACCUUCACCAAAUGGAAGGGCUAUUAAAGGAGCUAUUCAAACAGAUGCUGCUAUUAAUGCAGGUAAUUCAGGUGGGCCAUUAAUUGAUUCACAUGGCCAUGUUAUUGGAGUUAAUACAGCAACUUUUACUCGCAAAGGGUCAGGAUUAUCAUCUGGUGUUAACUUUGCAGUACCAAUCGACACUGUUGUUCGAACUGUACCUUACCUCAUUGUGUAUGGAACAUCUUACAAAGACAGGUUUUGAUCAUGUUUGUCAAUUAUAUCAAGCAAAUGCUUCAGGUGGCCCUUGAGUUUGGCUUCUUACAGAAAAGAUCCUGGCGUAAAAAUUCAUUACCUUAGAUAAUUUGGAAAGAAGCUCCAAGGCUCAAUAGGAACUAGUUAUAAUUUUCUUUUUUGUAAUUAGAUAAAGCUUUAGUGGCAAGUUUCUGCAACCCAAAGUUUACAUCCUUCACCAAUUUUGGCCUAAUUUAAUUGUCACAUAAUGUGGCCUUUAGGCAUUGCAAAGAAUCAUAGCAAGUUGAUGAACUGCAAAGAAAACAAAAAAUUUCUCGCUGGCUAUUUUGGGAUGGGUGCGGGGAUGAUUGCUUGUCAACCGGCCUCCCUCCCCUCUCAAUCGAAGAAUUGAGAGAUACGUAUGGUGAGACCUAAAGCUAGUCUUGUUACCAAAGGCUUUACUCAAGUUGCAAGUGCUGAUUAUUUUGA